AUGGCGCCCAGUCGCCCCAACAAGGAAGCGAAGCCCUCUCCAAGCACCCUACUUUCGGAUGCCGAAACCCUCCACACCGUCGGCAAACUUCAAGAUGCGAUCCCAGUUGCACAACAGGCACUUGAGCUGACCGGCUCCGGCGGCGACCACGAACUGCGGGCGCUCAAUCUACUCGGGAUCCUGCACAUUGAGACAGGCGACACAGAUGACGCGCGAAGCUUCUUUGCGCGAGCUGUAACACUCGAUCCGGAGGGCACACUAGAAGAAAAAAUUGGCGGUGGACCGGAAAAGUUCCUGUUCCUUGCACAAUUGAGCGAGGAGGGAGGAAGUGACAGUGUCCAGUGGUUCGAGAAAGGUGCCUCCGCGCUGAGGAAACGGAUACAGGCUCUGACUGACCUGCCAAGUCGGACACCCGAACAGACGGAGAAGCUCAGCACCACACAGAGUCAUCUUGGCUCCGUGCUAUGCUCUGUCACCGAGGUGUACAUGACGGACUUGUCAUGGGAAGAGGACGCGGAACAAAGGUGCGAGGCGCUGAUCACAGAGGCGAUGAUGAUCGCACCGAACAGUGCCGAGACAUGGCAGACUGUUGCCAACGUCCGGAUAUCACAGGAACGCUACGAUGACGCGAGGGGUGGUCUGAGGAAGAGCCUGGAACUAUGGCAGGAGAAGGACCCUCUCGAUCCCGCCGUGCCUGAAUUUCCUGAGCGAAUCAGCCUCGCUCGUCUGCUCCUGGAAGUCGAGAUGGAAGAGGAAGCCCUCCGCGUCAUUCAGCGCCUCACCUCAGAUGACGAUCAGAGCGUCGAGGCCUGGUACCUCGGAGGAUGGUGCCUGUUCAUCAUUGGCGAGAAGAUGCGCGAUGGCAAGCACGACGCCCGCGCGAAUGGAGAGGCGGACGAGUGGAAGUCUGUGUGGACAUCCUCAAGACAAUGGCUGGCCAUGUGUCUCAAGCUCUACGAGGCACAGGAGUAUGAAGACGAGAGGCUGGGACAACAUGCAGUGGAGCUGUUCGAGAACAUCAACAAAGAGCUGGGCCCGCCAAAAGAGGGAGAGACAGACGACUGGGAUGAUGCGAGCGGCGACGACGACGACGAUGAUCUGGACGAGGAGAUGAAAGACUAG